ACAACAACAUUGCCAUUCAACUAGCAGUUUUUUCCGCAAAGCCUUCAACAGUGCACGCGACGGUGUAACAACAUUCGUUAAAUUUAAAUAGAUUAAGUUUAUAUCAUCAUCUAAAAAUUUAUAUAUUUACUUGUGUCCAAUUGUGUCGUGACUAAUUGUUUUUUUAAAACAAUGGCGCAUUCGGCCACAUUAAUACUGCUCGGCGUUCUGGUGUCGCAAGUCUAUACCGCACCCCAGCUAAUUACAUUCAAUGAUGGGAAAUUGGGAGUUAAUUUUGGAGGAUACCAUGCAGCUGUUGGUAUUGGAGGAUUAGGUACUAAAGGAGGAGCAGGCGGUGGCCUCUUCGCUGAAGCUGGAACACCUUAUGGACAAUCAGCAAAAGCUGGGUUAGGUGGAGCAGUUGAUUCUAAAGGAGGGUCUGGAGGAGGUUUAUAUGCCGGCGCAACUGCAGGUGGCAAUGUAAGGGCUGAAGCUGGUCUUACUGGAGGAGUUCAAGCAGACAAAACAGCUGGAGUUGGCUAUGCUUCAGCUCAAUCUGGAAACCAUAUGGCGGCAUCGGGUUUGGUAGGUGACUCAUCUGCAAAUGGAGGAUCAGGAUACAUGUUUUCGGGCACUAAAUCUUUUGGAGUAUCCAGAGGAACAGUAAAAGAAUCCGAUCUUGCUGUCCAGCCAAUAGAAGUUUCAAAACCUGUUCAGAAAAAAGUUCAUAAAGAAUUCGACUUUGAUGCUGCUAAUGAAGUUAACUUUGUAGCAUUAAAGGAUGCUCCAGUUAAUACUGACACAGAUGAUGAAAAUGUAAAGACUGACGUGCAGCCUGCAGUUGCUGUCAAGGAAAUAUAUGUACCAUCUCGACCUCAAGUAAUAGAGAAACAUAUUAUUCAUACUCAGUACAAACCCCGACAUCAGUUACGUAAGAAUGCUUAUAUUGGAGGGUUCCUUGGUGGAGAGGUCCAACCUGCACCGGUAGUAUUUCAAACUCAACCAGCUAUCGCAAGGAGAAUCGACGUGGGCGUUGAUGCAGCUGCUGAUGCUGGAGUUUCUGCAGAAGAAUCCGUCAAUGGAGGUGCUGGAAACCAUGGAGUAUACACAAAACAAGUAACUUUCCAAAGAAAUCCGGACUUCUUUGCUGACAUUUUUAAUAUUCCCAUUUCGGCCCUGAAAGCAGUGGGUAAUUUCCUUACUAAUACUGCCGGAAGCACCAAUGUUUCCGUUCAGAAAACCGGCUCUUUGCAAGCAGAUUCUGAUACAAAUUCAUCGAAGAAUACCCCGGUAUCAUCACUUUCAUCAUCGGAUACGGAGAUCACGUUACAGGCACCAAAUGUAUCCCAAGUUAUUGACGAUAUACUAGCUAUUCCCAUUAAUACACUGGGAGCUGUGAAUAAAUUUUUGGAGAACAACGUACCAGCUAGAAGAAAAGUACAGGUCAGCCAAAACGGAACUAAUGAGGCACCAAGAGCUAGAUUGGGACCACACGCGAGAAGACGAGCAAACAAGCAAGUUGUGAUUAUUCAAGAAAAGGAGUCCCCCGAAAACAAAGAAUAACUGUAUUAAUAUUAAUGUAUGUGCAUUAUAUAGAUAUAUUCUAUUAGUACAAAAUAUGUAUACAGUACAUAAUUUACUGUAUUAAAAAUGAGAGGCAUUUUAUUGUAAAUAUAUAAUAU